AUGUCUCUCGAGCUGGAGUACCGCAACACGUUUAUCUCGGUCCAGGAGGAGCCCAUGGUGCAGCUCAAGCGCCGAGCCUCCAGCGUCCCUCCAAGGCUUGGGCGUGCUGGGCCUGAGCCCGUGUGCCCAGCCCAGGAACAGGAGGUGGAGGACGGCCAGUACGUGCAGUCUCUCCAGAAGAAGUUGGAGCCCAUCUUCGCAUGCAAGGAAGUGGAGCUCCAGUCCAAUGCAUCCACCGAAGAGCCAAUGGUCGGCCACAUACCUUCGAAUGAUACUUUCGAGGGGGAUGAGUCGCCGAAGGAGAGCAAGCCGAAGUGCAAUCCUGGCAGUGCGGGCCACCCUGAGCUGUGCCGCCGCCCGUGCAUUUACUUUGCAAUGGGCAAGUGCAGCAACGAGGCUGACUGCAACUUCUGCCACUUGUCUCACAGCAAUCGCUCCGCGACGUUGGACAAGAGCCAGCGACAGCUGAUCAAGGAGAUGAGCCAGCACGAGUUCCUGUCCAUGGUGUUGCGAUGCCUGCAGUCGAAAGCUGCAGAGGGACAUUUCGAGCUUGACGCGGAAGAUGUGCUGCAGCUGUUCCAGGUGCAGAUCAGCCAGAUGAGGGCAACUUCCAGCAAGGUGGCCAAGACCAAAGUCAUGAACCUCGAAAGAGCUCUUUCCCGGAUGACCUUCUUCAGCGUUGCCAGCCUCACCUCUCGCAUGAACCUCAGCGGCAGCUUCCUUGACGCGUGCAAGGAGAAGGUCGGUGAGCUGAGACAGAGGCUUGCAUAG